UGCUGGUGCACAUCGAUGCUAACUUCGUUCCAUCGCCUUACUUACUACAUCUCGGCUUUAGCCUCUCGAGAGUAUGCUUUCCCGCUUUCUUCUCAUAGGUUCGUGGAAGUUCCUUUCCCGGCUUUAGUUUAGAGAGGAAGUAUAAGUAUAAUAGUCAGACGUUCAUGGCAUCUAGGUCAAGUCAACCGACAAAGCGGCUCUUCAUCCGUCGGUUUUACUGGAUCUUGCUAUGGCUGUGACUAUGGAUUCACUUCUUUCUUUUUAUGGGAAAUCCUUCUAUCAAGAUCUCCACUUUCAGUUCUACUUCGGGGAUAUCAACCCACCUACUAGAAAGCGCUUCAGCAGGCAGAUUCAACUUAUUCUUCCAACUCUGAUCUCACCAAUACUAAAUUCAACACCCUGUAGCUGUAGGGAACCGGAAUACAAGCCUUUACGGAAAAGAUUCAUAUUUUGCCGGGAAGAUUUGAGGAGAUCAAUUCACACAAGGGAAAGACACCAGUCCUGGAUUCAAUUCAAGAGUUCCUUCUUUCUUUCAUUAAGUUCGUUCGGAGAAGACGAGUAUAGUCUUAAGUUCCCUUAUUCCUUUUUGAUGUUGUUAAGCCAAGAGCGCAAAGCGUAUGCGCGAAAUGAGAGCUAGAGGAAUGGGAAGACAAGAGAAUGCCCGGGUACUCCAUCUACCAAAAGAAAUGAUUGAAAUAGAGCGAAGAAUGGAAAGGCAGGCUGCGAAGGCGCUGACUCAAAGGCUGAUAGGAUUGAACUGAAAGGGAAAAGGAAAUAGGCUAAGCAAGAGCAUUGCCCAUCAGGGGCUGCGGGGACAGGAGCUAGAAGAACUAAACCAAAAGAAAAUGGCCGUAGAAGGCUAGCUUUCUGUCGAGUCUGUCCAGGGGGCCAUGGACCGGCUGUGCUUCUUCUAUACAAUAGACCUGCUCCUCUUUCCUCAACCUUCCUUACUUUUUCCCGAAUUACUCACUACUCCUUGCUGGUGGGUUUACUUCUACAGUACAACGCGGGGACUUAUCUAUUCUAUAUCUUUCCUUACUUCUAAUAGAACCUGGAGACUAGCUAUAGCUCUUCUCUUGCGCGCUUCCCUGCUUUAGCUCGCCACUCCACUUAUGCUUCUUCUCUUUGUUAAAGAUGGUUUUAGAAGAUCCAUUUUCAAGGAAUGUAUGAGGCAACCAAGGGUAGUUGCGGAACUGCCUUCUUUCUUUGAUCUGGAGCUGCUUCUUUUGUAGUCGGUCGGCUUGUGAUGAGGGCUACUCUCCUGAGGCCUCGUAGUAAGGCUUCGAGUCAUACUCUUAAACCGUCAUUGCGGUCGAUUGGUGGCGUGUGUGAUCCUUUUCGCCCGAAAGAUACGUAUCGUUGAUAUGAUAAACGAAUACGUAUCUAGGUUUACGUAUCACACUGCUGCCAAUGUGACCUUGGUAGGAUAUGAAAAUCCUAUAUUGUCUAGUGAAACUUCAUGGAUUCACGGCUCACUGCGUAGAGGCACCUGCUUUACUUAAAGACUGCUUAGCAGUACGAUAUCCGAACAGAACAGUGCUUGUGUCAGAAAAUGAGCCAAACAAACCUCGCGCUCACAGCAGGACAAAACAUAAAUAGGGAACUUCAUGGGAAGCAACUAACAUAGAAAAAGAGGAAUAGAAUGCAAACUUCGAGUAGCACUCGUAGACAAAUGCCACAGAAGGAACAGAAUAGGCAUCGAGCAGAGAAGAGGCCAAAGCUACCUGCAGCACACAAGCACAUUCAUUGAUGCAUCGAAUGCUAGUGUUUUCGCCUUAUCCGCGGUUAGAGAAUCCUCUGUCGGGAUAAAGGCAGUUUUCUCUUUUUGAAAAAAAGAAAUGAACCUCCUUCCUUCAGCCGUUCUAACAAUGGAAAGAAAGUCUUUGCCUAGCUAGUAACAGGAGAAGCGAAAGAGCUAUCGUCGAAAGCUUCUCGUUUACACCGGUUCUUCUAGCUUCAAUCGAGAAAGGAACCUUGAAAAAAGUCUUUCAAAACUUUACAUCCAUCAGAGCGGCAGGCAUGGAAAGAGCCUCUGGUCAUCACAUCAUUGGGGUCAUUUGUAUAUGAUCUUGGAUCUAUGGUUCCAGAUGUUUCGUCAGAUCGCUCUACGGAAGGGAAAUCUGGAUGAGACAAAAAAGAGAAGUAGAAAGGCCUUCAAGCCUUAUCUUUCAGCUUAGGACUGAAUGACUUGGACAACCUUUACCUUUAUUAACCUAUUUAACAGCAAUCUCGGAGGUCCGGGAAAAGGAUUCUAUGAGACUAAGAACUCCCAUUCUUUCCCUUCUUAAUAAAAACUAUUCGACUAUGGCACCUAUGUGUUUUCGAGGGCAGGCAGGUGAGCUGGCUUUCAAAGGGGUUUCGGUAGGAUUGACUUAUAGCCGACCAGUCCCUGGAUUUCUGCCUUUUUCAUUCCUGAGUCCUUGUAAGCUAGUUAAGAAGAUAUAAGACUUUUUGCACAACAAAGAAUGUUAGGAAUUCUCUAUAUCUUUUAAAAUAUAACACAAGCAAGAAGCAAAAUUCUAAGAAUAUAAGACAAACAAGAAGGCUAAGAAGGACUAUGACACUAGCUAACCUACUGAGAGCUACCCUCACUAAAUGAAUUAGUUGCAGCAAGAGAUGCCACAGCUCCUUCUUAGGCGAGCGAAGUGACCUCCGUUGGACGUCUUUUUCUUUUUUAGUGGUGGCAUCUUCCUCAUUUGAAAGAGCAUAUUUAGAUGCAGGGGCGGAGGACUACUUGGCUUUAGCAGCGUAUGAUUUAUAACUUUUUGUGCCUUUACGCCUACAUGAAAUAAUAUAUCCCCGAGGACUGAAUAGGAGAGGAUUCUUUUUCACAUGAAGAAGAGUAGGCUUGCUUCGCAUAGGCUAGACAAGCUAGGGAUCUCCUCUAGUCGAGCAACUUCAUUCCUAAGUUUGAAUCUUGUACAAAGCUAAAGCUCUGAUCGCUACCCCCUUCGCAAAUUGCUUACUUCCCGUUGACCCAGCUGGAUGUUCUUCUAUGUGGCUAGAUGCCAAUAUCUUGACUUUGCUUCUCUUAUAGAAAGUCCCUGGGAUCAAGAUCCAUAAAUACAAGUCUUCCUUCAUUGGGAAGCGAGUCUCUCUUCAUUUUUCGUUUAGAGGAAAAGAGCGGAGCAGUCAAUGAAAAAAAAGAAAUCCAUGUUACAGCAGAGCCCCCUUGAUCAAUUUUCCAUUGUACCAUUUUUUCCUCUUCCAAUUGGAAGGUUGUAUUUCUCAUUCACAAAUGCAUCUUUCUUUCUUCUACUCACUCUCAUUUUUGUCCUAUUUUCUUUUCAUUUAGUUACUAAAAAGGGAGGAGGAAAGUUAGUACCAAAUGCUUGUCAAUCCGUGUUAGAGCUUAUUUAUGAUUUUGUGCCGAACCUGGUAAACGAACAAAUAGGUGGUCUUUCUGGCAAUGUGAAACAACAGUUUUUCCCUUGCAUCUCGGUUACUUUUACUUUUUCGUUAUUUCGUAAUCUGCAGGGUAUGAUCCCUUAUAGCUUCACAGUAACAAGUCAUUUUAUCGUUACUUUGGGUCUCUCAUUUUCUCUUUUUAUUGGCAUUACUAUAGUGGGAUUUUCAAAGAAUGGUCUUCAUUUUUUAAGCUUCUCAUUACCCGCAGGAGUCCCACUUCCCUUAGCCCCUUUUUUAGUACUCCUUGAGCUAAUCCCUCAUUGUUUUCGCGCAUUAAGCUUAGGAAUACGUUUAUUUGCUAAUAUGAUGGCCGGUCAUAGUUUAGUAAAGAUUUUAAGUGGGUUCGCUUGGACUAUGCUAUGUAUGAAUGAUCUUUUUUAUUUCAUAGGGUCUACAGGUCCUUUCUUUAUAGUUCUUGCAUUAACUGGUCUUGAAUUAGGCGUAGCUAUAUUACAAGCUUAUGUUUUUACGAUCUUAAUCUGUAUUUACUUGAAUGAUGCUAUAAAUCUUCAUUAAAGAUUGGCAAAGUGUUCCGUUUGAGAAUCUUCCCUUUCCUUUCUUGGAAAAACCAAGGCUUGGAGUAUCCAAGACAAGUCUCCCCUUUUGGGAGCAAGAGUGAAAAGAGAAAUAGAAAAAAACAGAAAAUGCUAGCCGAUCUUGUAGUUACCUACACAAUAAGCGUCUUAUCACAAUAUCUGUUCCUACUUCCUGCAGGUAUUUCAUUGUUAGCAAUGUGGAGGGUCUCUCGCUUGAGAGGCACCACGCUUGACAAUUAUCAAGAGAGAGUGAACGAAAGUAUUUCUGAUACUUUCAAAGAACAACUAAAUACAAAACUCUUAAAGCCGUUAUUUCAGCAGGAGGGAAUACAACUUCCUCGCGGAACUCAAUCUAUGGAUCUGUUAGAUCGAUUGGUUGAAGCCGACCCACUUAAUCUGAAUUGGUUAACCACCAUCUACCAAAGUUUGGAGACCCUUGGAAGUACGAGUCCAUACUUUCAACAAAUCCUAGUUUUAGGAGGGUUAGGUUAACCUUUCCCAUUGUUCCUCUAUUAAAAUGAAAAUAUCUUUCUUUCUUCUACUUACUCUGAGUUUUGUCCUAUUUUCUUUCUCAUUUACAAAUCAAUCUUUCAUUAAAGUGGUUCUUAAUUUAUAAUUGAAUAAAA